GCGUUUUAUGUUUCCUGGUUCAACAUGGACAGUUAUUGUAGAACAAAUCGCCGAAUACGAAGAGGUUAUUGAUCCAAAAGCGUUUUUUGAUAAGAUUAUCAGUCUUUGGAAGGAAUAUCCAAACGCUAUCAGUAACAGAAUUACAACUUCAGUUUCAGUGGAUACAGAUUCAGAUUUAUGGAAUGAAGUUUUAAGAACAUUUGAAACACAUUACAAAUUUUGCCCGAGAGAUUGCAGCGAAAUAGCUAUUACGAAAAUCAUACACAAGGAUCUCGCUAAUAAUAAAUUCUCAGAUAAUGCGUUUGAAGUUUCUUACUAUGAAGAAGAACUCCUUGUACGAUUCUACCCAAUUACUCUCGAUGGAAUGCAACACCCACAUUUCGAGAGCCCGUAUUCAAUUGCCAUUAAAAUCCCAACAGAUACAUCCAUUCAACUUCAGUUUUUGAAGCAAGCUAAUUCCUCUCAAGAACAUUUUGAAUUUAUGAAGAAACAAGCAUUCAAACAAUUGUACACUUGGUUGAAAGGAAUUGAUCUUUCAAAAUCAUCUCGAAAGACAAAUUCUCUACUCGACAAAGAGUCCUACAUCAAGACAUAUCGUCAUAUUCGAGAGGAUUAUGGCAGAGGAAUGAUCAAAGGAUGGACAGAAAACUCUAAUCCACAAAAAUCAAUUUUCGAGGAUUGUGGGAUUGCUUCAUAUAUAAAUGAGCUUGUCAAUUCUGAUCUCCUACCAAAGCCGAAUAAAUUCGUGGAUAUUGGAUGCGGAAAUGGUCUUCUUGUUCAUCUUUUGAACAAAAUCGGAAUGUCUGGAUACGGAAUUGACGUUCGUCAUCGAAACAUUUGGAAGACCACUCUGAAAGAUGUGGACCUACGCGAAAUGCCUGUCGAUCCUCAAAUUGUCGUUCAAAAUGAACCGCACUUCGAUUUAGAUGUGGAUUUGCUCAUUGGAAAUCACAGUGACGAGUUAACUCCAUGGAUUCCAGUUAUGGCUGCUAAACUCAACUGCAAUUUCUUCUUGAUUCCAUGUUGCCCAUUCAACUUUUUCGGAAAGUAUGCCAACAACGGAAGCCACUUAGGACCAAAAAGAAUAGUUUCACAGUAUGAGUCAUUCUUCGAGUGGACCGUUUCAGUUGCUGAACGACUUGGAUUUGAUGUUAAAAUUGACAGAUUGGCGAUUCCGAGCACGAAAAGACUUUGCAUUAUCGGACGUGUUCCAGAAGGAGGACUAUGCCCAAAUGUGGACGAAACCAUCAAUUCAAUGACUGAAGGACAAAAGUUUAUUGCAAGACCAAAGGAAAUCAAAACAACGAAUUGUAUGAACAUUCCUGUGACUGAUCGUGAAAGAAUCGCCAAGAAAUUAUUUGAUUUUGUUUUGAAUUAUUCUGAUGCAGUCAGAGAUGGAUGGCGUUGUGGAGGUGAAGUUCCUUUGGCCCAGCUUGCUGCGCUUCUCACAGAAGAAGACAAAAAACUAAUGAAAGAUCAGGACGGAGGACUUCAAACUUUUCUUCGAAAUCAACAUCAAAUCUUUCACGUGAGCACUACGGCAAUAGAUAAGAAGGUAUACCAAGCCACUGCUCGUCUUCGUGAUUUCCGUCAGCCAGUUGUUCAAAAACGUCAAUCCUGGAAGCCAAAAAAGGCGGAAACGAUCAGAAAAGCACCAUGCUGGAUGUCACUUCAUCAUCCAGAUGGUUGUCCAGUUGGACAAGAAGCUUGUCGUUAUGAACAUUAACAUUUCCUUUAUUUUAUUAUCGUUGAUUUUUUGUUUGUUGUGUUACCAUGAGUUUAGUUAUUAUUUAUUUGCUUCCAUUUCAAAAGUUUGCCGGUUUUUUUUUCAAAGUUUAUAUUAUCCCCUCCCCUCUCCUAUAUGAUAAUCAUCUUAUGUCAUCUGUCCCAUUUUGUCUGACUGUUUCAUAAAUCGUUGUUGCAGAAA